AUGGCGGCACACUGGAUUGCGGAUGCCUUCGCGUAUACGGGGACCGUUUUCACGUUCCUGUAUUUCCUGAGCCCAGUGACCACCUGCAAGCGAGUCAUGGACUCCAAGGACGUCCGAGAGUUCUCAGCCUUUCCGUUUGCCAUGGGCAUCUUCAACUGCUCGAUAUGGGUCUACUAUUACGCAGUGACCAUGGCAUCCUCUGCAGCUGAUUUGACGCCCAAUCUCCUAAUCAAUGCGGUCGGAUUAUUCAUGUUUAUCAUCUACAUGUUCAUCUUCUUGUUUUACGCAGGGAGUCGCUUCAAAGAAAUUGCGAGGCUUCUAGCCAUCACCCUUUUUGUGGAGGCCAUCUUCAUCGCCUUCUUUGAAGGUGUCGUCCCAGGUUUGAAGUGGGACUUCAACUUUGGCAAAGAGCCUCAACCGCUCAAAAGCAGCCUGAGCGGUCUGGUUUGUGUGAUCAUCAACGUCUUGCUCUAUGGCUCGCCCCUUGCGGUGAUGCGCAUGGUGAUUGAGACGAAAUCGGUGGAGUUCAUGCCGUUGCCAAUGUCGCUGCUGACUUUUGUAAUUUGCUGCCUUUGGAGUGGACAGGCGCUUUUGAUUCAAAACCCAGCGGUUUUCAUUCCGAACUUCUUGGGCAUUUUGAUGGGCAUAGCGCAGCUUGUGCUCUAUGCGUGCUACUGCAAGACGCCGCAGUCGCGUGGGUGUGACAGCAGUCGCGAUGUGAUGCUGGCCUCGACGGCCUCAGCGUGA